CAGCACUAAUAUUGGGAGCUGCUGAAACUGCAAUUCAGUCUACUGGAGUUUUGAUAAAGGCCCUGGGUGCAGAGACAACCUCACUAUGACAGACACUUCAAGACAUCAAUCUGUCUCAAGGCCUGUGACUGGGAACGUCAGCGAUUUGAGUCAGCAGGUGUGGGUCUUACAGGGUGAGACCCUUGUGGCAAUUCCUCGGAGUGACAGUGUAGUUCCAGUCACUGUCGUUGUUACCACAUGCAAAUAUCCGGAGGCUCUUGAGCAAGGCAAAGGGGAUCCCAUUUAUUUGGGAAUCCAGAAUCCAGAAAUGUGUCUGUUUUGUGAGGAUGCUGGAGGACAGCCCUCACUGAAGUUGAAGGAGCAGAAGAUCAUGGAACUGUACAACCAAGACAAGCCCGUGAAGCCCUUUCUUUUCUACCGUGUCAAGACUGGAAGGACCUCCACCUUCGAGUCUGUGGCCUUCCCUGGAUGGUUCAUUGCCUCCUCCAAGGGAAAACAGCCCCUCUUCCUCACUUCAGAUCAAGGGCAAUCAUUCAAUACUGCCUUUGACUUAAACAUAAAUAACCAGAAUCUACAACGAACUCAAGAAAAGCAUCAACAAAGGAGAAAACAGGCCGGGCAUUGUGGCUCACACCUGUAAUCUAAGCACUGAGGGAGGCCAAGGUGGACCACUUGAGGUCAGGAGUUUGAGACCAUCUUGAGCAAGAGAGAGACCCCUGUUUCUACUAAAAAUAGAAAAAUUAGCUGGGCGCCAGUUGUCCCAGCUACUUGGGAGGCUGAGGCAGGAGGAUUGCUUGAACCCAAGAGUUUGAGGUUACUGUGAGCAAUGAUGAUGCUAAUAGCACUCUAGCCUGGGUUACAGAGUGAGAUUCUGCCUCAAAGGAAAAAAAAAUAAGUAGAAAAAGGAAAAGAACAAACAACCCAAUUAAUCACUGGGCAAGAGAUAUGAACAGAAACUUCUCCCAAGAAGACAGAUGAAUGGCCAGCAAACACAUGAAUAAAUGCCCAUCAUCCCUAAUCAUUAGAGAAAUGCUGCAAAUUGAAACCACUUUUAAAUACCACGUAACCCCAAUAAGAAUGGCCCACAUCACAGAGUUCCAAAGCUGCAGAUGCUGGCAUGGGUGUGGAGAGAGGGGAAUACCUAUACACCAUUGGUGGGACUGCAAACUACUACCUUUUUGGAAAGAAGUAUAGAGAAUCCCCAAAGAGCUAAAAGUAGACCUUCUAUUUGAUUCUGCAAUCUCAUUGCUAGGCAUCUACCCAGAAUGAAGAAAAUAAUUUUAUCAUGAGGAUAUUUAUACUGGAAUGUUUAUAGCAUCUCAAUUCACAAUCGAAAAGAUGUGGAAACAACCCAAAUGCCCAUCAACCAGUGAAUGGAUCAAUAAACUGUGCUAUAUAAAUACCAUGGAUUACCAUUCAGAUAGAUGGAGACUUUGUAUCUUUCAUAUUUACCUGAAUGGAGUUGAAGAAUAUUCUCCUUAGUAAAAUAUCUCAAGAAUGAAAAAUCAAGCCCUUCAUGUAUGCAAUAGUAAUUUGAAACUAGUAGAUGAAAAAUUACAGGCCCACACAAGAGAAUUAAAUUGAAGAAGAGCAGAGGGGAAAAGUGGUGAAGGUGGCCUGGUAAGCUCCCACCUAACAAAUUCAGUGUAGGGGUAUAUGGCACAUCUCCUGGUUGAAGGACUUAAAUACAACUUGGACGUUACAUAACAAAUGCAAACAAUGAAACCUAGUCAUAUGUGCACUUAUAUUUAUCUGAAAUAAAAAUAAUAUGGGAAAAAAUAUAUAUAAAUGAUGGAACUCAACCUAGAAGUGGCAGCUUGGUCAGAGGUCUUUGUCUUAAAGUUUCUAGUUCCCAAUGUAUUUUUACCUAUAUUUUCCCCAUGUCACUUUUACUCUAGUACUGAUCAGGACCACUGUUAACACAUUUCAUCGAUGAAAAGGAAGCACUGACUUUGUGGCAACUGAAGAACAGGAUGUGGGCUCAAGAAACAGGAGAGAUGGGGUGAGGUAAGGCUCUCCUCUCAAGCUGAUGCUGUCCAGCCCACAGACAUCUACUGAACAAGUGACUUCAGCACCCAAAUGCCAGAUUACAGGGUCUUCUCCCGUAGAUAUGAACAGGUCUCAGAGCUCAUGAGUCUUACCCAAGAUUGCAUGAUUAGUAUGAACUGAUCUGAUUCUGUUUUGCUUUGUUUUCUGUUCUCCAUGGUCUCUGUAUGUUGUCAGUAUGCCUCCCUCAGUGUGUAUAAUAAAAAUAGACCCUUUUUAGGGGUAGGACCUUUUAAAGAAAAAUCAUUCCUAUGUUAAAUUAAAUUCUAUUUGUCUAUGUGAAUAUAAAUAUAAACUUCAUAUAUUUAUACAACAAUAAAGCUAAAACAGAUGUAAAUGAAAUAAAGAAAAGAGGAAACUGAAAUUAACAAGAGUAGUUGAAUGAAGCUGUCACAGUGGGUGGGCAAGGAACUGGUGCUUAGCUGGGGAUAGAAGGUCCUUGAUUCAAGGUGAUGGAGUAGGGGUGGGAAAUUUAAUAUGUAAAAGGGUACCACUCUUUGACUGCUUUUUUGACAGUCUCACAGAUUUUCUUUUUCCCUGCUUCUUUUGGUGUUUUCCUUUUAGGCAUACUCACCAUCCACAUACUUCCUUCAAAAAUUGCAGUAAACAGUUUUUUUCCCUUUCCCAGUGUCACUUUUACUCUGGUUCUUUUUUAAGAACAGAAAGCCUUGCUUUCCCACCAGCCAUCUUUAGAUGAUACAAAGUCUGACAAUUAAGAUUAAGUUCAUCUUGGAGACUAAAUUCAUUCUGGAGAAAGUGCUAGAUACCUUAUUACUGAAUAUCCCUAUGGUUCCCUUUGAAGUACUCCCCUUAGGAAGCUAUGCACUGGUGCCAAUGACUAAGCCACCCUUCAAAGCAAUUUUGGAACUAUUUUUCUGGAAUGACCAUCAGAGCUAGUCAAUAGCAAUAACAUGCAACAACAAUAAUGAAUGCCACUCAGCAAGACACUACUGCAUGUCAACACAAUCACAGCUGCGAAUCACUGAUAUACCAAGGUUAUGAAACCUUACUGAGCUGUUUGUACAGUGCUGUAUGGUGGCAAGUUCACAAACUUAAUUGUUAGGCCUUAUAUAUUCUGAUGAAAUUAAAUAACUGAUUAUGGGUAUAACUGUAGGAAUAUAUAGCUCAGAUCUGAGUCUGUAUAUAAUAGAUGUCUUUAUUUUGAUUCUAACACUACAAAUGUAGAAAAUGCCAUUUGCUUAAAUACAUUCUUCAAAGUAGCAUAAGUAACUAAUUUUUUUUAUUUUUCUGCUUCUGGAUAGUCAGACUGGAUUCUUUACUGGGAAUGCCAAUAAAAAACCCACAAGCAUAAAUUUAAUGUGAUGUCUUUCUAUUUUUAAAAGAUUUCCUUUUGGGGGUUAAUUUUUUAGUUUUAAAAAAUGUUUAAGUUUCAUUUUUAUAUGUUUUCAAAUUUUAAACAAUUUAAAUUUGAAAUUGUUUUUAAAUAGAUAACGUGUCUGUUUUUAUUGGGUAUCAAAGGAUGUUUUGAAGUUUAUAUGCAUUGUGGAAUGGUUAAAUCAAACUAAUUAGCAAACACAUUACCUCACAUGGCUAUUCUUUUUGUGAUGAGAGCACAUAACAUCUACCUUCUACAUUUUUUCCC